AUGGCAUCCGAUCGCUUGGUCGAGACCGAUGUGGCGGAAGCUCUCGCUUUCGGAACAUGCCUCACAAGAUUCAGCAUCGUCCGCGGCCAAGAUCAAUACCGCAUCGUCUGCCGCAUCUCACACGCCCAACACGAUGGAAUGAGCAUGGCCAAUCUGUGGACAGCGUUCGAGGAGCUCUGCAGCGCAGCUGGUCCGACCAAACUUUCAGGCAACAAGCACAGCUUCCCUCUACAUAUGUAUGCACUCGCGAUGCUUGAUAGGCCAGCCGCUAUAGGAUACUGGCAAGGACUCCUCAACAAGAGCUCUCCGGCAAGGCUACGACCACGCUCAACGUACCAGCUGAAUUUCGAUGAAGGUCCUUCCAUAACAAGCACGAUUCUGGAACAAAAAAUGCCUUCGAUUGACUACACUUUUGCGACAGUCCUCAAAGCCGCCUGGAGCACUGUUCUGGCCAAGUUCUGCAAGAAUCCAGACAUCAUCUUCGGUACCCUAAUCAACGGACGUUCCAGGGCGGAGGCCCAAGAGAUCUUUGGACCCUGCAUCAACAUCAUUAUUGUCCGGAUGACGAUAGACAAAGACUGGAGCGUUCGGGAUCUCCUUGCAGCGGUCAACGAGCAGAGCAUCUCUAGCAUGCCAUUCGAAGACCUCGGCUCCAGGACUGUGAUUCGCGAGUGUACGCAGUGGCCGAAGUGGUCAUACUUCGGCUCUGUAGUGCGACACGAUAACCUCGACAGCGAGCAGAGCGAGCAGCACCAGAGGAGGAUGCAUGAUGGAGACUUGCCAGAGGAUCCUUCUGUCCCGGAUAUUGACAGUGUGGAGGUCCAUAUCGUCUCGACGCCGAGUGGGAAGAACAUCAGUCUUUCCGUCGGCUUCGCGGCGAACAUCGUGUCAGAAGCUGUGGCGCAUGAGAUUGCUGAGGACUUGAGCUUGACCAUCGUACGGUUCUACUCAGAUAUUGAUGCACCCGUCGUGAGGGACGGACAAAUGCCAACAACACCACCGAUGCCGCCCACGGAUAGUCACCACGGCAGUCCCCGGGAGGAGACGAUCGGAGGGGGCGAGGUCGACGCAAUGUAUAAAGGCUCGAUGGAGCUGACAAUUGCGCUGGACUCUGCUUGGCGGACUGUCCUCGGCAUAGAAAAUGAUCGAAAGCCCGUGGUCGCUGAGUCCUUCUUCGAUCUUAGAGGUGACUUGAUCGGUGCAAGUGCAUUGUCUGCACACAUGCAAGCUGCUGGCUACAGCUUACCGGUGGAGGACGUGAUUAGACAUCCUUGGUUCCACUCGCAAGUUGAGCUGCUGAGGAAGAUGGAGUAA